UUAUUUACACUUACUAUGAAUGAGAGAUUCAAUAAAGAUGGUGGCUACAUAGGACUGAUGGAGUGGAUCCUUGGAGAACGUACGGGGCAAUGGAUGGGCUUCCUGACAAGACAAGUAAUGGAGUCAGCCUCAGGCUUUCUGGAGGCAAAAGUAAUGUUGUCAAAUAAAGAGAUGCUGGCCCCAGCCUAUUUCAUACUUGGUGGCAAUAAAACCUCAGGACUUUAUCAACAGGGAUGUGUCAUCACACGGGCACGGGAAUUUGUAGUAGAUGUGUGGGACAUGGAGAGUGCUAAUGGCUGGUACAUACUGGAGACCAAUUAUGACCACUGGUCAGCGCCACUUUUCCUUGACGAUAGGCGUACACCUGCUCACCACUGUAUGGGCAAUAUGACACAGCAGGGUGUAUCAAUAAAAGGACUUCACAACGUUUUAUCGUCCAGGCCAGUCCUCAAUAAGCUAACCACAUAUACAGCUCUGAUGCAGGUAGACAGCGGCCAUCUUGAAGUCUGGCUUCAGUACUGUCCUGACCCAUGUAUUCCAUGGUAACUGUCCAGACCCAUGUAUUCCAUGGUAACUGUCCAGACCCAUGUACUCCAUGGUAACUGUCCAGACCCAUGUAUCCCAUGGUAACUGUCCAGACCCAUGUACUCCAUGGUAACUGUCCAGACCCAUGUAUCCCAUGGUAACUGUCCAGACCCAUGUACUCCAUGGUAACUGUCCAGACCCAUGUACUCCAUGGUAACUGUACAUGUCCAUUGUAGUAUCCAGGAUAAUGUUGACAGACUUUUGUAUCCAGCAGAAUACCAACUUACCAGUGAUUGAUAAUUACCUUACCAUACAUCUCGAACUAUAGCUUUUCAAAGCAGUGCUGUGAUCUCAUUUAUAUGAUAUAUCCAUUCCAUCAAUACUUGAUAUUCCUUCUCUAUGUGCCUAGUGUGAUCCCUGGGAUGUAUGGAUGUGUGGAUGUGUUACUGCAGAUUCUGGUUAUUUAAACAAUAGCAUUGUCUUGAUACCAUCAGGCACAUGUUGUCAUAUCUUGUCACUGUGGUCACUAUAUGACUAUAUAAUGACCACGGUUCUAUUACAUUCAUCAACAUUUAGCAAUUUAUUCUAUUUUUCAUCUUUUUUUCACAUUUUUUUAAUGGCAAAACCAUAUACAGAUACAAAGAGAUGACUGUUUGAAUUUUGUAAGCAAUUGUACAAGUCCUAGAAUUUGUUAGCAAUUGUACAAGUCCUGGAAUUUGUCAGCAUAGAAUUUGUUAGCAAUUGUACAAGUCCUAGAAUUUGUUAGCAAUUGUACAAGUCCUGGAAUUUGUCAGCAAUUGUACAAGUCCUAGAAUUUGUCAGCAAUUGUACAAGUCCUAGAAUUUGUCAGUAAUUGUAAAAGUCCUAGAAUUUGUCAGCAAUUGUACAAGUCCUAGAAUUUGUCAGCAAUUGUACAAGUCCUAGAAUUUGUCAGCAAUUGUACAAGUCCUAGAAUUUGUCAGCAUAGAAUUUGUCAGCAAUUGUACAAGUCCUAGAAUUUGUCAGUAAUUGUAAAAGUCCUAGAAUUUGUCAGCAAUUGUACAAGUCCUAGAAUUUGUCAGCAAUUGUACAAGUCCUAGAAUUUGUCAGCAAUUGUACAAGUCCUACAGGACUAAUUGGAGAGAGUUAUUGAACAGUAUUUGAAUAGCAGAAUUGUCUUGAUUCUAACUGCAGGCAGGAGAGUGACAUACAGGAGAUUUAGAUAGUGAUUACAGACAACAAUGAGAUGCUUUAGCUUGGCAUGUUGACAUUUAAUGCACAUAAAAAUGUAAUACGCUUUAGCUAUUUGAUACAUUGUGAAAAUGGUAUGCAUGGUUUCAGAAUGAAUGAUAUGACGUAUUCUUAUUGUUUCUUAGUGAAAUAGACAAAGCAGUGCAGUACAAUGCAAUAUAUAGGCUGUGGGAACACUCAUUUGUUAUAUUGUAUGUAAAUCAAGCGCUUAGUAAGUAAUUAUAAACUGAUGUUUUAAUUUACUUGAGUCCUCUCUAUGAUUUAUUCUGUUUAGACUUUUAUACACUAUGUAUCACUUACUCAAGAAAAUAAAAUCCAUUGUUUUUUUCUGAUGUGUGUUUUACACACAUUGAGGUGACAAAGCUA